AGUGUAAGCGACUGUUUGGUAUUUCUGUACUACUCACUCACGCACAAGGAGCGUGAACUUAGUCCGCUUGCAUGCGGCUCCAGCGCCACGUAGCGAAACACUUGAGCGCGCUGAAAUCUGGCAGCCCUGUAUGACGUGGUUCUGCGAUGAAGUACGAGUGUAAUUGUUCAUUGUUACGCAAAUGGAGUAAGCUCAACCAAAAACGUUGAACACAUUGACCACCUUCAAACGAACCGGAGCCAAACGACGAGUAGUCCAUGCUCGCCCAGGUCUUCCAGUACUGACAAUAGCCGUGCCAAGCGUCAUGGUGAACGCGUGCCAAUUAAAGGAUGACCCGCAGUUUGGAGUCGACUCUCGAUGGAGCUGGAUCAGCGCAUUCUUCUGCGCCUGGGUUCUCUUUCUCACCAUGGCGACGCCCCGUUUAGCUGGCAUCUUCUUUUAUGGAAUCGUAGAAACGUUCGGAGUGACCCGCGCUGAAGCUUCCUGGCCAUUGUCUCUUGCGGGUACCUUCACCGUUAUGGGAGGUCCUAUAGCUGGAUACCUCUGCCAACGUUUCUCGUGCCGGGGUGUCCUCUUGGCCUGCUCUUCUCUGGCAGGAAUUGGUGCCAGCCUGUGCUACCUGGCGAAUUCUCUGCUAUUUAUCACAAUUUCGUUUGGAUUUGUUCAUGGUGGGGCGCUGUGUGGCAUGUUCGUUGCCUGCAACGUUCUGUUGGCCCAGCAUUUCGAGAAGCGGAGAGCAACAGCCAGCAGCGUAGUGUUCACAGUAUUCGGCAUCAACUCCAUUGUGCUCACACCGCUGCUCGAGUUCUUUCGAACAACGUACGGUGUGCGUGGCGCAUUCCUUCUCUACGGGGCGAUUCUUCUACAUGCGAUUCCGGCCGUCAUUGUUCUCAGAAGCCCCCCUUGGCUGAAUAAGGCGAAAGGGACGAAAAAACUUGUACAGCCUCAAGAAGAGGGCGAUGCAUGUGUAGAGGUUGUUUUAGUUCAAAAAGCAAACGUUGAUGGAGAUACCGGUGAAAUAACAUUAAUGCAAAACAGAUCACAGAGCCCGCGUCCUCUCUUGAACGGACACCAAGGAGCACGUUGUUCUACUGAAGGGGAGAAGGAAACCAAGCCUCACGGCGUGUUUUCAAGAGAAGGCUCUAUGAAGCCGAAGGUAGUGAGAAAAUCUCUACUGAAUUUCAGUCUUCCAAAGACCGCAAAACAAUUUUUAACGUUGACCUUUCUUGUACACGCGCUCUCUUAUGCCGCCGUAGUCUUCACAGUUGGCGUCUUCGUCCUCAUUCCGGCGGACCUCGCCCGUGACCAUGGCCUAAGUCCUUCAAACGCUGUGUAUUUCCUGCAAGCCUUCUCUGGAGCGGACAUUGGCUUUAGAUCCGUGGUGGGCAUUGCCGUCGAUUCGCGAGUGUUGUCCCAUGAGUCUAUCAUGCUACUAGGCUUCUUAGUUCAAGGACUCACUUACGAGUGGAUGGUCUGGAUGAAUACGUUGCCACAACUGAUUGUCGCGUCGGCGUGCGUGGGCGCCACGUAUGGCUCACGGUCGUGUCUGCUAGCGCCCUCUUUGGUCAAGGACUUCGGCAUCGCCACAUUGCCAGUGAUUAUAGGUGGCGUAUUCUUCUGCACUGGUGUAUCUCUCCUCCUGCGUCCUGUCCUUGUCGGCUACUACAGGGACAACCACGGUGACUACACCGGACUGCUUCAUUUGAUGACGGCCCUCAACGCUGUCUUUGUCUGCGUUUGGGCGGUAAAGUUGGUUACAAAGUGGCGGGGAAGGACUACUAAAUCAUACAACUCUACACCCGUUGCACCCUUAUGACGUAACUUAACGAUGAAACACUUGAACGUUAUCAAACAAUCAA